GUCAGGUGCCACCAUGGAUGACAACAGUGUCAGUGACUCCAAUGUAAAGGUGGCUGUUCGUGUGCGGCCAAUGAACAGGAGAGAAAAAGACCUGAAAACCAAAUGUGUGGUGGAGAUGGAUGGGAAGCAGACAGUCCUGCAUCCAGCCCUCACCAGUAUGAGCACAGCAGACCCCCGGAAUCAGCCGAAGGUCUUUGCGUACGACUACUGUUUCUGGUCUAUGGACGACUCUCAGAAAGACAAGUUUGCAGGGCAGGACGUGGUGUUCCAGUGCCUGGGGGAGAGUCUGCUGGACAACGCCUUCAUGGGCUACAACGCCUGCAUCUUUGCUUACGGGCAGACGGGCUCUGGGAAGUCGUACACCAUGAUGGGCUCGUCGGAGCAGCCCGGUCUUAUCCCUCGACUCUGCAGCUCGCUGUUCAGCAGGACUGAGACGGAGGCCCGUGAAGGGGAGAGCUUCACCGUGGAGGUGUCCUACAUGGAGAUUUACAACGAGAAGGUCCGAGACCUGCUCGACCCGAAGGGAAGCCGACAAGCGCUGAGAGUCCGAGAGCACAAAGUUUUGGGGCCUUACGUGGACGGUCUCUCCCGCCUGGCGGUGACCAGCUACAAGGACAUCGAGUCUCUGAUGUCAGAGGGGAAUAAGUCUCGCACAGUGGCGGCCACAAACAUGAAUGAAGAGAGCAGCAGGUCGCACGCCGUGUUCAACAUCAUCCUCACGCACACGCUCACGGACCUGCGGUCUGGGACGAGCGGUGAGAAGGUGAGCAAGCUGAGUCUGGUGGAUCUGGCUGGAAGUGAGCGCGCAGCGAAGACUGGAGCUGCAGGGGAGCGGCUCAAAGAAGGCAGCAACAUCAACAAAUCUCUCAGCACUCUGGGUUUAGUCAUCUCUGCCUUGGCUGACCACGGAGCAGGCAAGAACAAGAGCAAGUUUGUCCCCUACAGAGACUCGGUGCUCACCUGGCUGCUCAAGGACAGCCUCGGAGGGAACAGUCGCACCGCCAUGGUGGCCACUAUCAGCCCGGUGGCAGACAACUACGACGAGACGCUGUCCACUCUUCGUUACGCCGACCGGGCCAAGAACAUCGUCAACCACGCCGUGGUGAACGAAGACCCCAAUGCGAGGAUCAUCCGCGAGCUACGAGAGGAAGUGGAGAAGCUGAAGGAGCAGCUCACCGAGGCGGAGUCCAUGAAGGCCCCCGAGCUCAAGGAGCGCCUGGAGGAGUCGGAGAAACUGAUCCAAGACAUGACGGUCACCUGGGAGGACAAACUUAGGAAAACUGAGGCCGUUGCACAGGAGCGUCAGCGGCAGUUGGAGAGCCUGGGCAUUUCUCUGCAGUCGUCUGGUAUCCGAGUGCUCGACGAUAAGUGCUACCUGGUCAACCUCAACGCCGACCCCGCCCUCAACGAGCUGCUGGUCUACUACCUAAAAGAUCACACGCGCGUGGGCUCAGCCGACUCACAGGACAUCCAGCUGUGUGGGAUGGCCAUCCAGGCAGAACACUGUGUCAUCGACGUCACAGAGAGCCACGGCGUGGUGCUCACUCCUCACCGCAAUGCUAAGUAUGUAGCUAGCCGUGACAAGCGAUACUGCAGAAGAGCGGCUCAUUGCAAUGCUCAGAUUGUGCUCGCAAAGCUGCGUUCAGUCGGCGAGCUGGAUGCGUACAGCGACGUGUCGAGCGAGAGGAGCUUCGGCUACGAGUUCGCCCAGGCCGAGGUCAUGAUGAAAGGCGUGUGGAACAACGACCCGUUGCAGUCGGUGUUGCAGACCCUGGAGAAGCAGCACCAGGAGGAGAAGCGCUGCGCUCUGGAGCGCCAGAAGCAGAUGUAUGAACAGGAGCUGCAGCAGCUCCGCCAGCGAGUCACCCCCGAGAAACCGUCGGGCGUCCCGGGCGGUGCUGCUGCCGCCGUGUUGUCAGCCAGCUCAAACAAACGUGUGCGUCGCUGGAGCGAGGACAGAGAGGCCAUGAUCACCCGCAGCCUGCGGCGCCUCAAAGAGCAGAUUGUUCGGGCUCGGCUGCUGGCUCAGGAGGCCGGCUUCAUUGCUGAGGAGCUCAACAAAAGGACGGAGUAUCUGGUCACUCUGCAGAUCCCGGCCGCCAACCUGGACGCCAACAGAAAGCGCGACGCAGUGCUGAGCGAGCCGGCCAUCCAGGUGCGGCGUAAAGGUAAAGGGAAGCAGAUCUGGGCUCUGGAGAAGAUGGAGAACCGGCUGGUGGACAUGAGGGAGCUCUACCAGGAGUGGAAGGAGCUGGACGAAGACAAUCCAGUGAUGCGCUCCUAUUUCAAACGUGCCGACCCGUUCUUCGAUGAGCAGGAGAAUCACAGCCUGAUCGGCGUGGCCAACGUCUUCCUGGCCUGUUUGUUCCACGAUGUCAAACUGCAGUACGCGGUGCCCAUCAUCAACCAGAAGGGAGAGGUACGAUUGUUCUGGGUUUACGUGAAAAUCCUCCAGGCCACCGGGCUUCCUCGCCACCUGUCCAACUUUGUCUUCUGCCAGUAUCACUUCUGGGCGCAGGAGGAGCCGGUGUUCACCGCUCCAGAGGUGGCGUCUUCCAGCUCGGCGUCCGCCUCCAGAGACCCUCAGUGUACUGUAGUGUUUGACAGCACCAAGGAAUUAUCUGUGCCGGUAUCGGAAGAUUUUGUGGAGUUUCUGGCUGAGGGGGCGGUGGCCAUCGAGGUGUACGGUCACAAACAGGCUAACCAUCGCAGGAACCUGGCGCUGUGGGACCUGGGAGUGAUCCAAGCCAAGACCAGAUCCCUCAGAGAGAGGUGGAGCGAGGUGACCCGUCAGCUUGAACUGUGGGUGAAGGUGAUGGAGCUGAAUGAGGCGGGAGAGUUCACAGCUGUGGAAGUUGUUCCUGCUAAAGACGUCCGGACAGGAGGAAUCUUCCAGCUCCAGUGGCUGGUCACGCUGACUCAGAGACAGGAGUAUUUAGACCAGCAGCUGCAGAAGAUCGUCUGUAAAGCAGACAAGUCGGAGGAUGACGUUGAAAGGGAAUCGCAGCUGUUGGAGUGUCGUCUGACCCUCACCGAGGAACGCAACGCCGUGAUGGUUCCGUCUGCUGGCAGCGGCAUUCCCGGAGCGCCAGUAGAGAGGGUGCCUGUCCCGGGGAUGGAAACGCACACUCCCGCCCUGUUUCUGGAUCUCAGUGCCGACGAUUUCCAGUCCAGUCUGUCGGGCCCGCUGGCCGGAGGACAGGACGCGCUGCUCAGUGGGGAAGAUGAAGACGACUUCUUCGACCUCCAUAUUGUUAAACACUACGAUCCAGAGGUGAAGGCCGAGGCGUCCUGGGACUCCACGGUCCACGAGUGCCCCCAGCUGAGUCGCGUGGCGCCCGCUGACCAGAGGGUGUACCUGACGGUGCGCACGGUGGUGCAGCUGAGCCAUCCGGCCCACAUGCAGCUGGUCCUCAGGAAACGCAUCUGUGUCAGUGUUACUGGGAGACAGGGUUUUGCCCAGAGUCUGCUGAAGAGGAUGUCCCAGCGCAGCUCCGUCAGCGGCUGUGGCAUCACCUUUGAAGUGGUUUCUAACAUCCCAGGAGACAUCCACGGUCCAGAGGACAGGGAGAUGCUGGCCCGGCUGGCCGCCAGCGCAGAGGACGAGCAGUCGGCCGCCAGCGAGGCGGCCAUCGAGAAAUACCUCCGCAGUGUCCUGGCUGUGGAGAACAUCCUGACGUUGGACAGGCUCAGACAGCUGUCAGGCAGCAGCCUGGAUCUUGGCUCCGCCCCUCUUAAGCUCAAAGACUUCAAGGCCUGGGACAGUCAUCACGACCUCUCUGUGGCGGCGCCGCCUCCUUCCAGACGCACACUUCCCAGCUCCUUGUCCCAGAAUCUGAACGCAGAGACGGUGAAGGCCGUACCCAGGCUGCUGAAGUCGCUGCUUCCUGGUGGGAAAGAGGGCAGAGAGCAGACAGCCGUCCAUCAGCAGAGUCUGCCGCGCAUCGUCGUGCAGUCGGCCAGCGUUGAAGAGGACAUGAGCAGACGGCAGCAGGCGGUCCCCAUUGCUGAAACAGAAAUCCCCAGAUCUGUGCCUCUUCCACCUCCAAUCAUCCCAGAAACUGAAGACUCCACCACCAGUCCAGUGAGCGAGGCUUCCAGUGGAUACAUGUCAACAAGCAUAUCUACAGUAACGCUGUCAGACGUCUACACGCUGAGCUGGGACUUGCCUUCGUCAUACGGUAGCAGGGAUGGCUUUGAAACUGUGCUCGAUGAGCACGAGGAGGAAAAUGUUGUGACGCAGAAGUUCUCUCCUUUCUCUGACGCCACACAAGCUCUUAUUUUAGACCAAUCAGGGCCUCAGAAAUUACUGAGACAGAAAGCAGAUGCAGAGAGUACGGAGCAGGAGCCAUCUGAACCAGAUGUUCUGCCGAGUCAACAAGAACCAAAUCAGCUCCUAUCAGACCAGUUAAAGGAGGCCGAAAAAUCUGAUCCAGCUGCAGAAUUGCCAGACGAGACCGAACAAAAACAGGACCAUGGAUCAGAGCAACGAGAUCCUUCAGAGGUGGCACAAAAAAAUGGGACCAAGCAGACAGAAGUUCUCCAUGUAGACCACAGCGAACCAAAGACUCCUUCAAGAGAAGAUCUCGAGGUGGCCGCCACAAAUAAAGGAGAAUGUGAACUGGCGUUUUCUAAUGAGACGCAACGAUCUGCUCAAGAAGGAGAGAGUUUGGAAUCAACCGUCCUGCAACCCCAGCAGCGCACACAAGAUCAGACGGCUCCAAACGUUAUUCAAGAUGCUUCUCCAAGUCCUGAUCCAGGACCGCCUGUAGACCUGGCUGCUCAAGCUUCAUCCAAGCAACAGUCAACCUCUGAUGUUCCAGAAACAAAUGGUGCCUCCUUCCUACCCUCAUCCUCGACCGGUGAGGUUCAGCAGCCAGCAGCUUCGGUCAAACCUGCCAAGGGCCCCAUUUCUUCUCCCAAAUCAGGUCCCUCAGCAGCUAACCCCUUCAAGAUCCAGAAAGUGAAGUCUUCAGACCUCAAGUCAUUUCUGCAGAUUCUGACUGAGGAGGAGCAUGACACCCCCACACUGGUGAACCAACCCUCGAGUUGUGGGACAGGACCCAACCUUUCAUUGCCGAAGGAAAGUCUGGAAAUCAUCUCUGACACGGAGGAUGGAGAUACAGCUGCUUCUGCUGUUCUUCCCGAGUGGUUGAAAGAGGGGGAGUUUGUGAGUGUGGGGGCUAAUAAGAGUGGUACGGUGCGAUAUUUGGGACCCACAGAUUUUGCAGAGGGGACUUGGGUUGGAGUGGAACUUGAAGUACCAGCAGGAAAGAACGAUGGGUCAGUGGCUGGAAAGCACUACUUCCACUGCAACCCUGGUUACGGCGUGUUGGUAAGACCUGACAGAGUAACCCGUGGCGAUGCCAAACGCCAUCGCCAGCAACAAAAACGUCGUAGUGCCCAUCUGUCGGGGUCCAGCCCAAACCUGGCUGCCCUUACAGCUCUGGCUAAAGGCGAAGGUGGAGCUGGAUCAACUGGUCGCGGCAGGGGGGAGAACCGCAAGUCGUGGCACACUUAAAUGGCUCAUUGCUGGGCAUCGCCAGCACAUCACUGUCCAUAUGGGAGCUUAAGCCUACUGGCACCGCGGUAUCUGGUUUACUUUAGACCGAUUUGGUUUGACAGUAAGUUUGGACGAGUCGCUCCACGCGCUCAUGUCUGCAGGAUGAUUUUUGGCUUUUUCUGCUACAGGACUCCUGUGUGACAGACUUGGCAGACAUCGGAUGUUUGAUCUGAAAAUGUGAAUGCUUUUAGAUACUUACACGCUAACCUUUUAUAAAUGUAUUUAUUCAAAAGACAUUACAUUGUAAUCAAAGCACUGCGACCUGUAUAUGUCGUUUAAGGAAGCAAGGGUACACAUGAAGUACGCUACAGACGGACUCACAGGAGGGCCCCCCCCCCCCAAAGGCUAGCCGAUUUCUUUCUCGUGCAGUCCCAAAGAUAAACAAAUAUGAGCGCAGACAUCCAGAUGUGUUUUGUAAUGUAUGACUAUAUGGUGUCCUAUUAUUCUUGUGCCUUGAAAUGCCUUGGACACGUCCCACCGCACUGUGUAGGAAUAAAGGGAUUAUUCUGAUGUGUGAUGUUAAAAUUAUUGCACUCGUCAAAAAUGCUACUGCUGGAGUUUUGCAACAGUUAUAAAUCUAUAUUUUCCUCUUCCUGUCAAGCAAAUGCAGGAAUCUGCAUUAGUUUCACGUGAGGGUGUUUGAGAACGUGACUUUCCCUGUUUGUGCUGCAGUCUGUUUGGUGAGGAUUGUGUUGGUUUUAAUGUUAGUUUUUGUGCGGAAAUGUGUUUUUUAUACAUUUGCAUUUAAAAUGAUCAAGUUUGAAUGUUUGUUUAAAGAUCAACUUUUUAUAAGUGAUAAUAAAUCAAUUUAAUUCUG